CAGAAACAGUCGCGGUAAUAAGAACAGCGCUGUAUAUAAAACUAUAAUAAUGAAGAACUGCUGUGUUUACGUUACCGGUGUGCUCUCCGUUCUCAUAAUUAUCGCAGGAAUUUCCUUGGUUUUGGGUCAGGUCUUUCAGAAGUUCUUGUACAAUAGGAUAAAGACGGAAGUGGUGCUUGAAAAUGGAACUGAUGCCUUUGCGGUGUGGCAGGAUCCUCCACCGCCUGUGUACAUGCAGUUUUAUUUCUUCAAUCUGACCAAUCCUGAUGAAGUUCUAGCAGGAGAAAAACCUGCAGUGCUCGAGCUUGGCCCGUACACAUACAGAGAGUAUCGGCCUAUGGAGGGGGUGACUUUUCUAGACAAUGACACCAAAGUAUCUGCAGUUAACCCUAAAACAUACAUAUUUGAGCCCAACAUGUCUAAAGGAUCAGAAGAUGACCUUAUCAGGACUGUCAACAUCCCUGCAUUGACUGUGAUGGAAAGGUUCCAGAAUCAUUCAGUCAUUGGUCGCCUCAUCUCUGAUUUCAUGAAAGGCAACAACAUCGGGCUUUUUAUGACGCGGAAAGUGAAAGAGCUUCUCUGGGGCUACGAGGACUUUUUACUCAAAGAACUUAGCCAGUUUGUCCCCCUGGAUGACCAUUUCGGCCUCUUUUACAAGAUGAACACCACCGACGAUGGUGAGUACGUGUUUUUUACCGGCAAACAGAACUAUUCAGACUUUGCUCGAGUGGAUCAGUGGAAAGGCCAGAGCACUCUGGAUUGGUGGAGCACAGAUGAAUGUAACAUGAUCAAUGGAACCAACGGAGCAACAUUUCAUCCGAUUGUCACCAAGACGGAGAGACUGUACAUGUUUUCAUCAGAUCUAUGCAGGUCAAUCUAUGCUAUGUUUGAGUCGGCGCGAAUAGUGAAGGGAAUUCCUGCUUACCGCUUCGUUCCUCCCAGUGAUGUUUUUGCAAAUAAAUCGGUGAAUCCGGAUAACGCUGGAUUCUGUACUGGAGGGUCCUGCCUCGCUUCAGGCCUACUGAAUGUCAGCGUCUGCAAACAAGGUGCUCCGAUCAUCAUGUCCUCACCUCAUUUCUAUCAAGCUGAUGCGCAGUUUGCUGAUGACAUAUUCGGCAUGCACCCUACAAAAGAGCAACAUGAGACUACCAUCGAUAUAAACCCGCUCACUGGACUUGUCGUGCAGGCAGCAAAGCGUCUUCAAGUGAACGUCUUUGUUGAGAAGCUCCCGGUCUUCAGUCAAACUGGUAAUGUCAGGACUAUGGUGUAUCCAGUGAUGUACCUUAAUGAGAGUGUCCUAAUUGACGACGAUUCAGCCAAAAAGCUUCGAACUGUGGUUACCCAGGGCAACGUCGUGAUUAACAUUCCCUUCAUCAUUAUUGGUCUCGGGAUCUUAAUAGGAUUUGUCUUCAUUGGUGUGAUGUGCCGUUCUGAGCGGAGCACUCCUGAUGAACGCCAGCCUUUGGUGAGCUCUUAACAAAAGAGAGGGAGGAAGUCUGGGCAACAGUGUACUGACAGUGUCUACGUUUGAAGUUGUGAAGUUAAGAGUGUUUUUUACUCAAUUAAUCACACUGUUGAUGUGUUAUUAACGUGUACUGAUGCAGUUUUUGUCAGCACACAGAACCAUGAAAUAUGAUUUUACUGUGUGUAUUUGAAGUGUUUUAAUAUAAACAGACAAACUGUUAUCUUCAUAAUCAGUUAUAAGGUCACAUAAAUAAUGCUCUGACUUUUAAGCUUUGCGGUUUUGUAAAGCCAAAUCGACAGUUAACAGUGCUAAAUUAAGUUUUGUGUUCAGUGUUGGUUACUAAUCCCUUUGCUGCACUGUUUUAAAGCUAAAGCUGCCUGUAUUUACCCGUGGUCCGUGUAAUAAGUCUCUGGUUGGUGCCGGAUCCUUCGCGACUCUGAACAGGAUGAAGUAUUGUAGGGAAAAUGAUUAAAAUCUGUUGGGCAUUGCUAGUUGUGAAUUUAAUUUUAAUCAGAAGACUCAGGUUGGACACAUUAAAGCCAGUGAGUUUUAGGAAGGAAAACAAAUUGGUGCAUGUCGCUAUGAAUUUUAUUUAAUUGUAUUAAUUUGGUAGUUUGGUUAUUUUCAUGUGUAUUUGAGUUCAGUGGAAUUGUAUGUUGGAUCGAGUUCAGAUUUAGAAUUGCAUUAUUGUUGCCGAAGUCAUUAAAAAUGUUGUGCUAUUUUCUAUUAAAAGCUUAGACUUAAGUGUUAAUGCCACUUUUUGCUAAAUUGGGGCAACAAUUCUGUAGGAUGUUAGAUUGUCUUUGAUUGAUGUAAUGUUUUCAGUUCACGAUACUGCUUUAAAAAGGGAUUGUUUUUGCAUCUAAACUAUUUUGCUGCAUUCACACGUUGUGAUUUAUAUAUACAGUGGUACCUUGUAACUCAGCGUCCCUUAAACUCAAAAUCUUUGAAACUCAACGGCCUUCGUUGAGAAAUUUGUACUCUUAAACUCAAUGUGUGUGCAACUGCUGCUUUGCUUAGUGCUCGGCUUGAGCGGUGUGGUAAAACGGCAUGCGAACAUGAGACAGAUCUGCAUUUGUGUGGAAUAACCAUCAGAUUUACUCUGAAUGCUCCACAUGUAUCUGUGUUUACCUGGAUUUUUCUCCUGUUUCACUUUUAAACUUGUGUUACAGCUCGGGGUUCUGAGAAAUGCUCAUCAUUAAAAAAUAAUGUAACUUAAUAUAUUAAAAGAAUGACACAGGAACACUAAACUUCUCUUAAUUAUUACUGCUUAUUUCUUUUUCUUCUUUUUUUUUUACAAAUUAAGAAGCAUAAGGAAACAAUGAAGAAUUAAAGGUAACAUGCAGGUUUUAUUGUAUUUUUGAUUGAUUUUUAACUUGUAUUUCAGUGUUUUUUAUGUUAUAUUUGUGUUAUUUUUAGUGUAUAAGUGUCAAAAACAACCCCAUUAUUUUACAUUAGCCUAAAAUAUGUGCAAUUUCACUGGACCAUGGAACGCAUUAACAGGCUUCUCAUACAUCCUUAUGGGAAAAAAUACUUUAAACUCAACACUACGCCCAGAACCAAUUGACGUCAAGUUUCAAGGUACCACUGUAUACUCAGAUUUAUAUAUAACUCAUUGUUCAUUUGCACACAUUCACAACUUCAGGUGAUUUUACUUUAUUAAUAACCUCAUUCAGUUUUGUUGUGCAUGUUUACUAAAUCCACUCACUACAGAUUGUUGAUUUUUUUUUUUUUAUUAUUAUUUUUUUUUUUAUUAUGAAAACUUCAAAAGAACUAAUAAAAUCUCUAAUUGUUUUUUGCAUGAAUUCACAACUUUAGGUGGUUUUACUUUAUUAAUAACCUCAUUCAUUUUUUGGUGUGUGUGUGUUCACAGAUUACCACAGAUUACGUAGAUUUUUUUUUUUUUCUGAUUAUAAUGCAAAAUACUUCAUUCAGCCCACAAUGUGUUUGUUCUACUGUCCUUUUUUUGUUUUUGAUUCAUUUAUUGCAUAAUGUAUUUUAUCCUAAAAAAAACACAAACAGUACAUAUUGCACUCUGUAUGUAACAAUAUCAACAUUUCAAACAUAUUAACAAACUGUAUUUACAUCAUGUGACUAGUAUUGCUAGUAUUGACAAAUAAAUAACUUGUUAAUAAACCAUA